AUGCAGAGAAGCGAUCUGACGGUGCUCAUCUUAAACCUUGAGUACUUGCUCGAGUUCAGCCAAACAAACAUUACGGGAUUCAAAAAGAUCAUCAAGAAAUUUGACAAGCACUACAGGGGAUGCCACCCUUCGAGCCACGCAUCCAUCUCGGGAUCGACGAUCCAUCUCCCCGACCAACACCACCAGCAACAGCAAUUACUCGCUGCGGAUCACAACGGCAGUGGACAACCUAACUCUUCCAGCGGUAGUCCUCGCAGCAACAACAAUGCUAUCACCUACCAUGGUACAUCACCCGAUCCCGAGAUGGCAGGGCCUUUGUCAAUGUUCAAUGCUCUAGGGAUCCAUGGGCGGAGUACACCUACUAUAUACCUGCCUCACAACUACCCCGAGCCGACGUCAAGUCUGCACCCCCAGGAGCCCUUUAUCCGCAAUGUGCAUUCGCCUGGGACACACUCCAAGAGCGUCUUCUAUCACAAUUACUAUGAAGGCGUGUCAGCAUUGAGUCUCGAGUUUUGGAAGAUGGUGACGGAGCGGACCUUUGCCAAGAGUGAAAAGGACGAGCGACUCCUUGCCGAGGCUAGAACUCUCUGGAGAAAACGCACACCUGUGGUAGCUGAGCGCUUGUCGCCUUUGCUGUUGAGUGUGGAUCCCAAGGAUUACCCAGUAUGGGACGACCUGGACUUGGACAUUCUUCCUUCGGGUCGGAUCUCCAGACUAUGGGUGGUUCUUGCAGAGGAUGCCAUGAGUACCCCCAUUCGGGUCCCUGUCAUUGUUGCCAAGGGAGUCCGUCCCGGACCUGUCGUCGGCCUUACGGCGGCGUUGCAUGGAAAUGAGCUGAACGGAAUCCCAUUGACACAUCGUCUUGUGUUACAGGAGAUUCAAUGUCAGGCUCUUCACGGAAUUGUGGUCGCGGUCCCUGUGGCCAAUGUUCCCGGAUAUCUGGCCCAGCAGCGUGGUUUCACCGACGGCACCGAUCUCAACCGCCUCAUGCCCGGAAAGAAGAAUGGAACGACAUCGCAGGUGUACUCUUACAACUUGAUGACGAGGCUGGUGAAACACUUUACACACCUGAUUGACCUUCACACGGCCUCCAAGGGACGUGUCAACUCGCUCUACGUGCGCGCCAACAUGCAGAACCCGACCACGCGACACAUGGCCCGCCUCCAGAACCCCCAGAUCAUUGUCCACAACACUUCUCCAGAUGGAUCGCUGAGAGGCGCGGCGAUGCAGCAGUACAACAUUCCUGCGAUUACUGUCGAGAUUGGUGACCCUGCCCGGUUCCAGAAACGAUUUGUCAAGUCUGCGAUCCUGGGCGUUACCAAUAUCCUGAGUCAUCUCAAGAUGGUUGAGGAUGAGCAUGAAGUCCAAGACUACGACCCCGUUGUCUGCGCUAAGAGUUACUGGAUCUUCACGAAGGGAGGAGGAAUAUUGAACGUCCUGCCGGAUGUGAAUACGUGGGUGCGGAAGGGCGAAUUGAUCGCAACACUGCACAACAUUUUUGGUCAGGAGGAGCACCGCUAUUUUGCGCCUGAGGACGGAAUUGUGGUCGGCAAGUCUGUCGACCCUGUCUGUCAGAGUGGAUGUCGCAUCUUGCAUUUGGGGGUUGUCAGCGACCACUUCCCUGAGGGCAAAAUUGACGACGGGCACAUGUAG